GUUUUCUUGGUUUUCACAACUAGAAUACUUGCUGCAGUCUUUGAUUUUCUUGUUCGCAGCUGAAAGUCCGUCCUUGAAGUAGCUAGUUAUUUGAUUGUGGAGCUACAGUGUAGACAGAAUCUGCACAAGAAAUCAUCAUGCAGGCCGCAGAGGCGACAGCGGCUCCCGCGAUGGAGGUGGAGGAAGAGGCAUGCGGGCCUCUGAUGAUAGGAAAGCUCGAGGGAAAUGGAAUAUCGGCGAAUGAUAUCAAGAAGCUGGAAGAAGCUGGCUACCACACUGUCGAGUCUGUUGCCUACGCUCCGAAAAAACAGCUGCUGGCAAUAAAAGGCAUAAGCGAGGCUAAGGCAGAUAAAAUCCAAGCAGAGGCAAUGAAGCUUGUGCCAAUGGGCUUCACAACAGCCACUGAGUUCCAUCAGCGUCGCGCUGAGAUCAUACAAGUCACAACAGGAUCCAAGGAGCUUGAUAAAUUACUUCAAGGUGGUAUUGAGACUGGAUCCAUCACCGAGCUGUUUGGAGAAUUCAGGACGGGAAAGACGCAGUUGUGCCACACACUGGCAGUGACUUGCCAGCUUCCAAUUGAUCGUGGCGGCGGUGAAGGGAAAUGUCUUUACAUCGACACGGAAGGAACAUUUCGGCCGGAAAGACUCUUGGCUGUUGCUGACAGAUAUGGCCUAUCAGGUGACGACGUUCUUGAUAACAUUGCGUAUGCCCGCGCGUAUAACAGCGAUCACCAGUCCCAGCUUCUCCUGCAGGCAUCAGCCAUGAUGGUGGAGUCGAGAUAUGCUCUGCUGAUCGUGGACAGUGCAACAGCUCUGUACCGAACCGACUACAGCGGGCGUGGCGAGUUAGCCUCUCGCCAAAUGCAUCUGGCUCGCUUCUUGCGUUCACUGCUGCGCUUGGCAGACGAGUUUGGGGUUGCGGUGGUCAUAACAAACCAGGUGGUGGCGCAAGUGGACGGCGCUGCAAUGUUCACGUCGGAUCCCAAGAAACCAAUCGGUGGACAUAUCAUGGCACAUUCAUCGACCACCAGGCUGUACUUGAGAAAAGGACGCGGUGAGACUCGUAUCUGCAAGAUUUACGACUCGCCGUGUCUGCCAGAGUCUGAGGCCAUGUUUGCAAUUGCUGACAGCGGCGUUACUGAUGCCAAGGACUAGUGAAGGCGAACACGACUGUGUGUGUGUGCAUGUGCAUGACUGUGUGUGUGAGAGAGCGCCGAGAGCCUAACUGAAAGACCAGAUCCCACCAGACCCUAUUCUGUAUAUAGCGCGUGUAUAUACGCUGAUGCUGCAUAACCAUGAUGACCGCGCAAUGUCAUUUGUUUUUACUGUUUGUGCGGCAGUGCUGCACCUCGCUAAACCGUAUUGAUUUCCUACUCACUAUUCCCAUAGGUAAACCAUCCCAUAGCAGAUCUUCUUCCUUCAGCGUAACUGGCAACCAUGAUAAGAUUUACUCAACUACGAUUAGAAACAGCACAGAAGGAACAACUCCGAUGUGUAGAAUGUACUACCAAUAUCCGUCGUUAACUAACUGUACAAACCCAUUAUUUUUAAAUCAAAAUCAUCACCGCUUUCGAUAUGGCGUACGUUGACAACAUACAUAAUAUACAAUUCUUCAGAA